AAAAAACUAACUACAACCUCAGUUUCCUUAGCCAAAAUAUUUUACCAUGCCCAUGCGCUGCUUCUAUCCUCUGUUAAACUUCUCCUGAACAUAUUUCGUUUUUAUCUACAGCAAAACUCCGCCAAUCUCCGACGGAUCUUUACUCUCCUACUCCUCAGCGCAUCUUGCGGCGCACAAAAUCUUCUGCCCCUCAUUGCGCCCUACCAAAUUUCUUCAGUUGAGAGAUGUCUCGUGGCGGUAGAGGAAAAGCUGGUCGUGCCGGGUUACGAGGAGCUGACUGGCCAGAAUAUGAUCCUGAGGGCAAAGUAGAUGGCAAGCCUAUUGGCGAUUACCCCGUAGGGCAAACCAGUCUCCAGCAAGAUGAAAUAUUUGGGUCUAAUAAAUUUUCUAGCCUCAUCCUGAUCUCAAGAGACCAUGCGCAUUCACCGAUGACGAAGAGCGACAAUUCAAAUACUACAAAACCCUACAAACAGAAGUCCGUCGCGGGCCCCUCUAUACCCAGCCCACGAAGCCCAAUCUCGAUACUUCAAUCAAGACAUACAGCGAAGACCAAUUCAAUAAGCAAUAUGGGACAGAUCGAAAGGCGGACAUGGAUCCUUUCGAGGGCGUCGAAACAUACUCUAUGAGAUAUCAACCACCAAAGAAUGUCAUACCAAAGCUGUCUGGUCGGCCAUUCAGUGAGUGAUUCUUAAGCUGUGAGUCAGGGCAAAGAACUAAAUUCUGGCAGUUAUGGAAUUUUUCCCAGCAGAGUUGUGGAGUACACUCGAAGGCAAGGCAGGCGACAAAGUUCGGAAUGGUAUCAAUGAAGCUAUGCAAAGAAAGGGGACGAGUUCUGGUUGGGCUGGCGCAAACGGGAAAGACCGAACCCAAGCACUCAAUGAUAGAUUACUCGAAUUGGACGACGAUGAAGACGAAGAGGAAAAGGAGAAGGAGGGUGUUGUUGAAGGUAAAGCCUUUCGGAGAUUCCAUCUAGAAUUGCUGCUAACAAUUUCCACAGAUCUCGACUCGGACUAUUCAGAUGACGACGGGGGUGAUGAUUACAAUGCCGAACAAUACUUUGACAAUGGCGAUGAAGAAGACGAUGGCGAUGCUGACGACGGAGGAGGGGGAGAUUACUAG